AUGCAGCAGCAUCGGUGCAUGGUUGUUGACGAGCUGGUGAUCAAAUUUGGAUUCGACAGCAGGCUAGUGGAUCAUGUCAAUACUUGGGUUGGUUUUGCUGUAUCAUCACGGACGAAGAGUCUUGCCCUUGAUUUAGCACCAGCCAACUUCAUGGGCCGUACUGAUCAGUACAAAUUUCCUAUCGAGCUUUUAGACAAAGGAAGCAUAUUUCGGCUUCGUCAUCUUAGACUAAGCUUUACAUCAUUCGAACUACCCCCUCAAUUCAUUGGUUUCCCGAAUCUGACAACACUUGACUUGCACAUGUUACGUGUCACUCGGAAGGAUCUUCAAGAUAUGCUGUCAAAUUGCGUUAAUCUUGAGUGGCUCAGUAUGAUUAGAUGCCAUUUGAAUGAUGAGCUGACAGUAGCUCGUCCAUUGUCAAAGCUACUCUACUUAAGUGUAGCACACUGCAACAUAACCAAGAUAGUACGCAAUACUGUGAAACUCAAAACUUUCAUGUUCUAUGGGCGUCUGUAUCCUAUUGACCUUGGGUGUGCUCCAGAACUGAAACACGCGUUUCUUGAGUUCUAUUCGUCUGUAACGCUUGAGCAUGCUUUGACUGUACUUCCCAAAGUUAUUUCAAGUGUUCAAGAUCUGACAUUGCGUGCUACUUUUCCACUUAAGAUGCCCUUGCUGAUGGAAACCCCGUGCAAGUUUUCCCAGUUGAAAUAUUUACAUUUGUGGUUGAUUCUAAGACAUGAAGAAGCUAGCAACAUUCUUUCUUUGGCUUCUUUUUUGAGGGCUGCUCCUUACGUUGAAAAGUUAGAGAUGCAUUUUAGCGUUUAUGAUUCCAUGCAUGAGGUCUCGAAGCCUAUCAAGAGCCUUCCACGGUGUCCACAUAAUUAUCUGAAGAACCUGCAUAUUACAGGAUUUUCAGGAACAACAGGGCAACUUGAGUUUCUUGUGCAUGCUGUUGAAAAUGCCCCGCUCUCGAAGAUGCUCGACGAUUAA